GCUCUCCUUCAUUAGGAUUUAGGACCACUCUUUAUAGACAGAGAGAGAAAGGCAUGCAUUUAUGGAGCUUGUUUCAAGUUCAGUUCUGAAACUAGAGUUAAUGCCAUUGUAGCUAGACAAGCCAACCAUUCUCAUUAACUACUAGUUCAUCCCAAAAAGUAAUGCAUAUAAAUCUCUUCACUUCAAAGUGCCAUUGUGUUUGAUAGUACUACUGUGAGUGAAAAGUUCAGUGCAAUGGAAGGCCAAAAGAGAGUUUUUCUGUUAUCUUUUCUCAACCUUGUUGUUUAUAUCACCGGUGAAAACACGGCGGUGGACCGACAAGUCUUCGACCGUAUAACGGCACUUCCCGGCCAGCCGGAGGUGUCAUUUUCACAGUUUUCAGGCUAUGUCACUGUGAACAAGAAGCAUGGAAGAGAUCUCUUCUAUUGGCUCACUGAGGCUGUUUCUCAUUCUUCUGAGAAGCCAUUAGUUCUCUGGCUCAAUGGAGGUCCUGGUUGCUCAUCAGUGGCUUAUGGAGCAUCAGAAGAAAUUGGACCUUUUAGAAUCAACAAGACUGGUUCUGUUCUUUAUCUGAACAAAUACUCAUGGAACAAAGAAGCAAAUCUAUUGUUUCUUGAAUCACCAGCAGGAGUUGGAUUCUCAUACACAAACACAAGCUCUGAUCUCAAGAAUUCCGGAGACGAACAAACCGCUCAGGAUUCUCUAACUUUCAUGAUUCAAUGGAUGAUGAGGUUCCCUCAAUACAAGUAUAGAGAUUUCUACAUUGCAGGAGAAAGCUAUGCUGGUCACUAUGUCCCUCAAUUAGCAAAGAAAAUACAUGAAUACAACAAAGGUCUUUCUCAUCCAUUCAUCAAUCUCAAGGGCUUCCUAGUUGGCAAUGCUGUAAUAGAUAAUUACUAUGACAACAUCGGCACUGUUUCUUACUGGUGGACACACUCGAUGAUUUCAGACAAGACUUAUAAAUCCAUCCUUUCUUCAUGCAACUUCAAGAACACGAAAAACUCGAAAGAAUGUGAUCAUGCCAUAAAUUAUGCAAUGAAUCAUGAGUUCGGUGACAUUGAUCAGUAUAGCAUUUACACACCAUCUUGCAUUGCUGCUGCAAACUCUAGUAAUAACCGGUCAAUGAGGCUGAAGAACACACUCAUUCGCCGGAGGUCCUAUGGUUAUGAUCCUUGCACAGAGAACUAUGCGGAGAAGUACUAUAAUCGGCCAGAGGUUCAGAAGGCAAUGCAUGCAAAUAUCACCGGAAUUCCAUACAAAUGGACUGCUUGCAGUGAUUUGCUAAUCAAGGCAUGGACAGACUCAGAAUUCUCUAUGCUUCCAACAUACAAGGAAUUAAUUACUGCUGGACUUCGAAUUUGGGUAUUCAGCGGCGACACGGAUUCGGUUGUUCCUGUUACUGCCACAAGGUUCUCAAUUGGACAUCUCAAUCUGACAGUAAAAAUUCCUUGGUAUCCAUGGUACGCAGGCAGACAGGUUGGAGGAUGGACUGAAGUGUAUGAAGGAGUGACAUUUGCAUCAGUGAGAGGAGCAGGGCAUGAAGUUCCAUUGAUUCAGCCAAGAAGAGCAUUCAUGUUGUUCAAAUCCUUCUUGGCUGAUAAACCACUGCCCAAAUCUUGAAGAAAUGGAUUGAGAUUUAGAAUUCCAGAGUGUUAAAUUUGGGUUGGAUUUUAUCUUCUGAGACAUUCAUUGAAACUCAAGAAUCCCCAUAAAAUUCAUGGGGCAUGCAAUUUAAAUCAAAUCAUUCAUUGUGUUUCCAUUAAUCCAUUCAACAUGCAGUAAAAGCUGGUGGAAA